AUGGAAGUCAUGGUUAACACGUAGCCGGCGUUCGACGUGUCCUAGCCUCCCAAGUUUAGGUGUUCAGCGAUAUUUGAUAAUUUGUUGCGCGCCGCGUGUCGCGCACGGGAACCGCGGGUGUUUGAUGCACAUAUGGCGAACGCCACGUUGUGAGCACCGAUAACGCGGAUACGCACGUAUUGUAAGGUCUAACGCGCUCGUGGCGGACGUGAGGCAACGCAGAAAGCAUGUUGCCGAAUAAGUCGUCGUCGUCGUCGUCGUCAUCGCCGUCAUCGUCGCAGCAGCAACAACAGCAACUGCCCUCGAUGUCAUCCUCGUCAUCAUCAUCGUCGUCUUCAUCGUCGGCCAACGCGAAAGUCAUGUUUCCCGAUAAGAAAUCGAUGACCAAGCAAAUGAAAUCCUCCACGCUGACGAACGCCGCCGGCCUCAGCUCCCUCAUCACCUUUACCGUGCUCUUGCUCGCCUGGCUCUCGGGUUUUGCCUCUAGGCUUUUCGCGGUCAUACGUUUCGAGAGCAUCAUACACGAGUUUGAUCCUUGGUUCAACUACAGAGCAACGGCGUAUAUGGUGCAACAUGGAUUCUACAAUUUUCUGAAUUGGUUUGACGAACGGGCUUGGUAUCCACUGGGCCGAAUUGUUGGUGGAACUAUUUAUCCUGGACUCAUGAUAACAUCUGGAUCAAUACACUAUAUAUUGCACUCUUUGAACAUACCAGUGCAUAUAAGAGACAUAUGUGUAUUUCUAGCUCCAAUUUUUAGUGGCCUUACUGCCAUAUCUACAUAUUUAUUAACAAAAGAAAUAUGGAGUGCUGGAGCUGGCCUGUUUGCCGCUUGCUUCAUUGCCAUUGUACCUGGCUAUAUCUCAAGAUCUGUAGCCGGUAGUUAUGACAACGAGGGAAUCGCGAUCUUUGCAUUGCAAAUUACUUAUUAUCUAUGGGUCAAAUCAGUCAAGACUGGUUCGAUCUUUUGGGCGAGUGUAACCGCUCUAUCUUAUUUCUACAUGGUGUCUGCAUGGGGAGGCUAUGUGUUCAUUAUCAAUUUGAUUCCACUUCAUGUGUUUGCCUUGCUGGUCUUGAAUCGCUUUAGCAACCGGUUGUUCACCAGCUAUACUACGUUUUAUGUUCUUGGACUUUUAUUGAGUAUGCAAAUACCAUUUGUCGGUUUUCAGCCGAUCAGAACUUCUGAGCAUAUGGCAGCGAGUGGUGUAUUUGGUCUUAUAAUCUUUGUAGCAGCAUUUAGAUACUUAAGAACUGUACUUACCAAAUCCGAGAUGAAAUAUUUUGGUGGUGUUGUGGCUGUAGCAACUGCUAUGCUCUUAUUGAUUUUGAUCGUAUUAACAUAUGCUGGCAUCGUCGCCCCUUGGAGCGGUAGAUUUUACUCAUUAUGGGAUACUGGUUAUGCCAAAAUACAUAUCCCUAUAAUAGCGUCUGUAUCAGAACAUCAACCGACAACUUGGUUCAGCUUUUUCUUUGAUUUGCAUUUUCUUGUCGCAAUGUUCCCAGUUGGUCUUUGGUACUGCAUUACACACGUCAAUGAUGAGCGUGUCUUCGUUGUACUGUACGCCAUAAGUGCCGUUUAUUUCGCUGGUGUGAUGGUAAGACUUAUGUUGACUUUAACUCCAGUAGUGUGUAUGCUGGCCGGAGUUGCUGUCAGCAGACUCGUGGAACUGUACCUCAAAGAAGAGGAUAGAGAUGGAAACGAUCGUAGUGGUAAUGAAAGCAAUGAAGAGAGCGAAGAGGAAAGGGAAAGAAGUCCUGGUAGGGCGUUAUAUGAUAAAGCUGGUAAACUUCGUAGAAUGAAACAUGAAAGAUCGAAGGGAAAUGGUGAUGGAUUAGGCGCGAAUAUUCGUAACGUCGUUAUUAUCGUUAUGCUCAUACUACUGAUGAUGUUUACUGUGCAUUGCACAUGGGUAACCAGCAACGCCUAUUCUAGUCCAUCUAUUGUUUUGGCGUCUUAUAGUAAUGAUGGCGGCAGAGCCAUCUUGGACGAUUUUCGGGAGGCUUACUAUUGGUUAGCGCAAAAUACCGCUAAUGACGCUCGAGUUAUGAGCUGGUGGGAUUAUGGAUACCAGAUUGCUGGUAUGGCUAACAGAACUACUCUCGUGGACAAUAAUACAUGGAAUAAUUCGCAUAUAGCUCUUGUUGGCAAGGCAAUGAGCUCGAACGAAAGUGCUGCUUACGAGAUCAUGACAUCCCUGGAUGUGGACUAUGUGUUGAUCAUCUUUGGUGGGAUGAUCGGAUACUCCGGUGAUGAUAUUAAUAAAUUUCUAUGGAUGGUCCGUAUUGCUGAGGGCGAGCAUCCUCAAGACAUUCGUGAGAGCGAUUAUUUUACCGAAAGGGGGGAAUUCCGCGUUGACUCGGAAGGUUCCCCUACUUUGCUGAACUCGCUUAUGUAUAAGCUGAGUUAUUAUCGAUUUGGGGAUGUUAAAAUAGACUAUCGAUCGCCUUAUGGUUACGAUCGUACUCGAAAUGCAGAAAUAGGCAAUAAAAACUUCCAGUUAACAUAUCUGGAGGAAGCUUAUACCACCGAACAUUGGCUUGUUAGGAUUUACAGGGUGAAGAAACCAGCGGAAUUCAAUAGACCAAGAAUUCCGAUUUCCGAGCGAAUUAUCACGCGUCGCGCGAAUUCGUAUAUUAGCAAAAAGACUGCGCGGCGUAAACGAGGUUUCAUAAAAGGCCGGCCAGUUGUUAUUAAAGGACAGAAACCUCAACGACGAACAACGUAACGAAGAUUCGCUGACUAUUUCAUAAACAGUUUGCAAAUACAAUUUUUGUAAUAAAAGAAUUACCGUCCCUUGGGUCUACCAUACGAAUUUUACCUCGAACUAAGAAUUUAAUGUCGUCAUAACAGUUCAACUUGAAGAAUAGAAUAUUCCAAAACAAUAGUUUCCAACAUCUCUCCGAAAUAGAUUGACAAAUUGAUUUUAUGAAUCUUGUUUUUAUGAAUCUUCUUUUUCAAAAUGUUGGCUCGUACAUGUUGUUAUCCGAUUUUCAUUUUUCAUUAUGGAAAGUCGUUAAUGCAUAAUUUGUUACUGCAUAAUUAAAUCAUUUAUUAAUAUAACGAACAUUUUCUAGAAUUAACAUGCAGAUCAUAUGUGAUCAUCUCAAUAUAUAAUUGAGUCAAUAUAUUUAUACGAAUAUAUUCAUUAGAAUAUGUCACAAAUGUACAUUUUUUUUUGCAUUAUAGAGGAAUUUGGAUUCUUAUUUAAUUAUUCUUUUAUGGGCCAAUUGUGCAUUUAAUAGUUAGUGAUGUAAAAUAACUUCAAAUUUAUUUGUUAUUGAUCAACAAUUGUAUGAAAAUCUCAUGUAAAUGAGAUUCGUAUAAGGCAUCCUAUAGUUAGUGCACACACACACGUUUAUGUUACAUAAUACAUUUAAUGUAUUAUAUAUUACAAGCAGAAUUUGUGAAGUAAGCAAAUUCUGUUAAUUUUCAACCGGAACGUCAGAAUGAUCGAGUGUGUGUCAUGUGUACACAGUUUGUUGUAUAGCACCUUGUUGAAAGAUAAACAUUUGUGAUAA